AUGCGUGUGCGCACACUUGAGGCCUCCAACACUCGGUUCGAGGGUGGUGACAGAGGUUUACUCUUCUCUCUGACCAUGUUUACUCACACCUCGAGCUCAAACUACUAUUUCCCUCAAUACACCGAAUUCUCGGACGCUCAACAAAUCCCCUCCACUGCCGUUACCACCACCACCACCGCCAUCAGUGGAAACGUCAACGACACAGCUUCCAUGGCCACCAGUCUGCCAGUUCUGCCUCAACAUACAAGUCUAGGGGUGGGGGAGGGAGAACCACCCUACUACCCUCCAUACACUACAUCGACUCCUGAUGCACAACCACCCAUCUAUCCCAACUACAUUCAGUACGAAUCUUCUCUUCCCGCAUAUAUUUGGCCGCAGGCUACGGAACAGUCUCCUUGGGGUGGUGUUUCGACCGACAUUCCACAUUCUGACUACAACUACGCAGAUGCUCGAUACUCCGAGCAACAACAGCAGCAGCGGAUCUAUGAGCAAGUGGAACCUCAACAGCAGCAUAAUUCUCACCAGCACAAUCAGCUUCAGCAUCCAAAUUCCUUUGAGGGGAUGAGUAUGGGAGUAAGUGCAGUGGAGGUGCCCCCCGUGCCUAUUGUGUGUGGGGGACUCGCACAACCAAAGAUAGUGGAGUAUCAGUUGGAUGGAAGUAUGAAACCUCCCUUCUCCUACAUCACUCUCAUUGUCUCCGCGAUGAUGUCGAAUAAGGAGAAGAGAGCUACGCUGAGUGAAAUCUACGCCUGGAUUAUGAACCAUUUCGCGUACUACAGAAAGAAUACUAAGCGGCCCAAUAAGAAGUCAGCGCGUGAAAUCGUUACAUCUGCCAUGUCAGCCAGGUGCUCGAACAGGCUGUGUUCGCCUUGUCAAAGGGUCUCACCAGUGCCUGUACUCACACCCUCGCCUCCCUGCCUCACCGCCAUCUCCACAUGGCAGAACUCAGUUCGCCACGCCCUCUCCUUCAACGACUGUUUCACGAAGGUACCACGACCUCCCGGGGAGACAGGCAAGGGCGCCUACUGGACUCUGCACGAAGGCGCCACUGGCAUGUUUGAGAAUGGCUCCUCCAUACGACGCUGCCGCAAAUUUGUCGACGAACAGCGCGUUCGACCGCGUUCCGGGCGCAGUCGCAAGAAGAAAUUGCAGUACAAGGAGUGCCAUUCGCAUCCCACCGCUACCUCCUCUGCCACCUCCCACUUCCCCCGGGCACCACAGCACCACGAAUCGCAGCCACCACUGCUACCACCACCGCCGCAAAUCGAAGCUGAUCAUCGAGGAGUGAAUCUGCCCAAGGACCCGAGGGACAGCUUCAUGAUGGGCAUUUGA